UCCCUUCUCUCCUCCCCCCUUAAAAGAGCGGAGGGAAAACAGCACAGCUACAAAGAGAAAAACAAAAAAUGGCUCCACCAAAAGCAGGGAAAACCUUUCCUUCGAUAACGGAAUGCGAUGGAUUGAAGUACGAAUCGAUCGCCGCCGAUCUGGAUGGCACGCUUUUAAUCUCACGAAGCUCUUUCCCCUACUUCAUGCUUAUUGCCGUCGAAGCGGGAAGCCUCCUUCGAGGUCUUAUCCUUCUUCUUUCUCUGCCUCUGGUCAUCAUAUCUUAUCUCUUCAUUUCCGAAGCUAUUGGUAUUCAAAUCCUCAUUUUCAUCUCCUUCGCUGGACUCAAGAUCCGCGACAUCGAGCUGGUAUCUCGCGCUGUUCUUCCCAGAUUCUAUGCUGCAAAUGUAAGGAAGGAAAGUUUCGAGGUAUUUGACAGAUGCAAGAGGAAAGUAGUGGUAACGGCGAAUCCGACGUUCAUGGUGGAGCCGUUUGUGAAGGAUUUUCUCGGCGGAGAUAAAGUUUUAGGCACAGAGAUUGAAGUGAACCCUAAAACAAAGAAGGCGACGGGAUUUGUGAAGAAGCCCGGGGUUUUAGUAGGGAAGUUUAAGAGAUUAGCCAUUUUGAAGGAGUUUGGUGAUGAAUCGCCUGAUCUUGGAAUCGGAGACCGUGAAUCUGAUCAUGAUUUCAUGUCAAUUUGCAAGGAGGGGUACAUGGUGCACCCUAGCAAAUCAGCAUCACCGGUACCGCUAGAUCGCCUAAAGAGCCGCAUUAUCUUCCACGAUGGUCGCUUUGUCCAACGUCCGGACCCACUCAAUGCCUUGCUAACCUACCUUUGGCUGCCAUUUGGCUUCAUCCUCUCCAUUAUUCGUGUCUACUUCAAUCUACCUUUACCCGAGCGUAUCGUACGCUACACUUACGAGAUGCUCGGCAUUCACCUCGUGAUACGCGGAAAGCGACCUCCCCCACCAUCUCCCGGGACCCCAGGCAACCUCUACGUCUGCAAUCACCGCACAGCUCUUGACCCGAUUGUGAUCGCCAUCGCACUUGGACGCAAAGUCUCGUGUGUCACAUACAGCGUAAGCCGUCUCUCGAGGCUCCUAUCUCCAAUCCCAGCCAUUGCUUUAACUCGUGAUCGUGCGGCCGAUGCUGCCCGAAUUUCAGAACUGUUGCAAAAAGGUGAUCUAGUAGUUUGUCCGGAGGGGACCACGUGUCGUGAGCAAUUCCUGUUGAGGUUCAGUGCUUUGUUCGCAGAAAUGAGCGAUAGGAUCGUCCCCGUUGCCGUCAAUUGCAAGCAGAGCAUGUUCUACGGGACGACCGUGAGAGGGGUCAAAUUCUGGGACCCUUAUUUCUUCUUCAUGAAUCCAAGGCCAACAUACGAGGUCACGUUCCUUGAUCGAUUGCCGGAAGAGAUGACAGUGAAGGCCGGAGGGAAAUCGGCGAUCGAGGUAGCGAAUCACGUGCAGAAGGUGUUGGGUGAUGUCCUGGGGUUUGAAUGCACUGGAUUGACUAGGAAAGAUAAAUACAUGUUGCUUGGAGGAAACGAUGGUAAGGUAGAAUCGAUGUACAAUGGCAAGAAAUAAGUUGGGUUUGUCGCAUUUCAGGAGAAUUUCUCAAAACAUAUGGAUUUAGAAAGUGACAUUAGGAGGCUUAAUUAGUUUGGUAUUUUUCUAAAGUGGAUGUCUGGGGAGCACUAAUUUGCUUUGAGCAUAUUAUGAAAUGAGAGGUCUUUGAGGGAUUCGUCAUUUAUGUCAUAUUUGUUAAAAUGUAUAAUUGCUUCGACUUUUGCGUAUUACUUUCAUGCAAACUUUGCUAUUGUUUGAUGGGUUACAUUUACCAUUUCCAUAAUGAAAUGAUGUUGUAUUAGUAUGACUAAAA